CACAGAGCAGGCAUUCAUACUCGGGCAGCGCGAGCGAGGGGGCUCGGGAGCGAGCGUCACUUUGGAAACUCACGGAUUCUCGUGCUAAACCGGCGACCUCCUUUUCUCAUUACUGAAGUCGUCUCUGUUGGAUAUCAACCGCGGGACAAACGGAGGAGAGUGAAGGGGAAGUCAGGAGGGAAGUGAGACUGGGUGAGUUUGGUGCUGACAGUUGUGCAUUAGCAGGUAAACUGGGGUCCAAGGUGCGCGCUGAGCCGCCUAUGAUACCAACAACACGGAUGGAAAGAACUUUAAUGUGGAACCCUCACAGAGUUUUGCAACGGAGGCUGAGAGUAGAGACAGACUGGCAGUUCAUAUUAUAACUUGAAGGAGCCCAGAGGGACAGAUCAGACAGCCGACACUCCGUGCAUCACUGUAGGGAUUAACAGCAUCAAGGACCCGACAGGUAGAGCUGAGCGUUUAGGAACAGACCUUGCACCUUCUGCGCACCUGGAGGCUUGUGUGUGUGUAGGAGGAGGAUGUCCAGAGAGGAGCAGAGCUUGUCGGAGGUUGAGCUCAGCCCGGGGAUGUCGGACGACAGUCGCUCUCUGUCGCCGGGUCAUUCCUCCGGUGCGACUGGCGGGGGGGACUCGCCUCUCCACGGGCAGCAGCAGCCGCAGCAGCCGCAGCUGGCGAGUCUGGACGACUCGAUGGCGGGCUGCUCGUCCAUCAAAUCCGACGAUGAGGACGACCGCUUCCCGGCAGGAAUCCGUGAUGCAGUCAGCCAGGUGCUCAACUGCUACGACUGGACCCUCGUGCCCAUGCCCGUGCGCGUGAACACCGGAAACAAGAACAAGCCGCACGUGAAGAGGCCCAUGAACGCCUUCAUGGUGUGGGCGCAGGCGGCGCGGAGGAAACUGGCCGACCAACACCCGCACCUGCACAACGCGGAGCUCAGCAAGACCCUGGGGAAGCUCUGGAGGCUUCUUAAUGAGAGUGACAAGCGACCCUUCAUCGAGGAGGCAGAGAGGCUGCGGAAGCAGCACAAGAAGGACUACCCUGACUACAAAUACCAGCCAAGACGCCGCAAGAGUGGAAAGCCAGGUUCUGGAUCAGGAAGUGAGGCCGAUGGCCAUUCGGAGGGUGAGGUCACCCACAGCCAACCUCACUACAAGGGCCUCCAGCUGGAUGUGGCCCUGAGUGGGGGAGCCGGGUCACCUCUGGCAGAUGGGCACCACCCUCUUGCUGCAGGUCAGAGUCACAGUCCUCCUACACCUCCUACCACUCCCAAGACCGAGCCUCAGUCUGGGAAGGCAGGGGAUGGAAAGCGAGAGGGUGCUGGGAAUGGGGGCUCCCGUGGUGCAAUGGGAGCAGAGGGGAGCUCAGGUGGUCCGGGAUCUGGCAAACCUCACAUCGACUUUGGUAAUGUGGACAUUGGUGAGAUGAGCCACGAGGUGAUGGCAAACAUGGAGUCUUUUGAUGUCAAUGAGUUUGACCAGUACCUUCCACCUAAUGGACACCCAGGGGUUGGGCAGAGUGCUGGGGCAGGAGCAGCUGCAACGACUUCACCUGUCUCUCCGUACACCUACGGCAUAUCCUCAGCUCUGGCAGCAGCCAGUGGACACUCCGCAGCCUGGCUCUCUAAGCAGCAGCAGCCGCUGCAACAUCACGGCCCCCCUCUGGGCUCAGACCCUUCCAAGGCCCAGAUCAAGAGUGAGGCUGGAGGUGCUGGGGGUCACUUCACAGAGGGAGCCUCAGUAGGUUCCCAUGUCACCUACACUCCCCUCAGCCUCCCUCACUACAGCUCUGCCUUCCCCUCACUGGCCUCCAGGGCUCAGUUUGCUGAAUAUGCUGACCACCAGGCCUCAGGGUCAUACUACGCCCACUCCAGUCAGGCCUCGGGGCUGUACUCUGCCUUCUCUUACAUGGGGCCCUCCCAGAGGCCCCUGUACACUGCCAUCACUGACCCAGCCAGCGUACCGCAGUCACACAGCCCCACGCACUGGGAACAACCCAUCUACACGACACUGUCGCGGCCAUGACAGACAACAAGACCAGAGGGCACUGGUGCAGGUUCAGCCCCCAUGUCAGACCCGAGGAGCAGCAGCUACAACAGCAGUGUUGGUGGUAUCGGUGGUGAAAGUGGUCUGGGCUGGGGGGAUUGGGCAGGCACUGGGAGAGUCGGCAGGGGAGGCAGGAGGGGAGAAACCCCGUACUGCUCUCGCCCAGAUGCAGAAGCGCUGUCACAGCCCAAGGAUGAGCUUGGAGCGUGGUGCUUCUGAAGCGUGGUUGAUUAUUUGGGGCACUCAGUGUAGUAGUGAGAGAAUGUAUUACAUUGCACCCAUCAUCACAGAGUUCAGGUUAGAUUCACAGCAGCCAAGCCUCUGGCGCUCUAAACAGCAUAAUUGGCAGUGUUCAUAAGUGGAAAAGGAUCAUGUCCCUGUCAGUUUGGUGACUGCAUGUAUAUCAGAGGAGACACCUUGUGGUCCACAGUCCUCCCCAAGAAUCCACAAGGGGUCAGUGGCACCAGAGAACAUGGUACACACUGAUAAUUAGCAAGACUUUGAUCUGUAUUGUGAAGGGUGUGACUGAGAUGGAGCCAAAUUCAUUAUAUAUGAAAUGGGGAGUACUGUAAUACAAACUAUUUGGCUGUGGCCCAUUCACUUCUCAGGCAAGAUUGACCUUUUAUCAAACAGAUGUUAGUUUUGUAUUGCUUUUGGAAAUCAAUGCAACAAUUACUGAUGUCAUUCUGUUGGUACAUUUGACCCUGUUUAAUUCAAAUGAUUAUGCUGUGUUCAUUUAACAUGCGUUUUGUACACACAAUUAACAUGCAUGGAAGAAAAAUGCCAUAAAACUCUGCUGAAGUUUUGUUAAUUGUAUAUUAAGUCAAAAAAAAUAUUUUCAUGAUGACUGACUAUUAUCAGGAUAGUUUGAACGAUGUACUUGAAAUUACAAAUGUACGUUUAUUGAUGAAGAUUUGUAAAAUGACCAAAGUUUUGAGACCAAAACUUGCAGAACAGAAACUGAUGUUUCUCCCAACGUGACACUCAAAACUACCUUACAUUUUGUAGCUAAUUAGUUUUCUCUUAGCUGUCAACAUUUUUCCAAUGUGACUGAAACAUACUGGUGUCAAAAGCUACUUUCGCCUUAUUUUUUUCCACAGUGGCACUGAUGAGUGUGAUGAGUUUCAUUAAUAUCUGACGCAUUCGUGAAGAACAUUCAUGACAGAAGACAAUGCAGAACAAAUAUAAAUGCAGCACUUUUGUUUUUGCUUCCAUUUUUCACGAGUUACAAUAAAAAAUCUUACACUUUUCCCUACACACACACAAAAGGUUUAGUUCUCUAAAAGGCUCUCCUUAAAUCCAUUUUAAUGAGCAUUUCGCCAAUUUAAUCCACCCACGAGACAAGUGUGGCAUAUCAAAGUGCUGAUUAAACAGGAUGGUUAUUACACAGGUUGUCUUGAGCUGCUCACAAUAAAAAGCCACUCUGAAAUGUGCAGUUUGAUCACACACUGACUGCACGGAUGAAACAAUAAGCCGAACAUAAGCAGUCUCCAAUGUCGUUUCCAAGAAUUUGGCAGUACAUCCAACCGGCCCAGUGAGCCAGUCCAGGACCUUCACAUCAAGAUCGUCUCAGCACAGCCACUGAGAUGAGCUUCCCUGAGACAGCUUCUGAUGGUUUGUGUAGCAAUUCUGAGUCUGGAGGUCCUGAGCUGGUGUGGUUACAGUUGGGUCGAAUCCAGUCUCAUUUUGAAGUUGUCGAAUACUGGCAUUUGGGUAGUGACUUCUGCAUCAGAUACCAAUGGAAAAGUCGGCAUGUGUCAUGUCGGCAUGACAUGCCGCUGAGUACCAUCAGUGUGUAAUGGCACCUGAUGGCAUCAGGAGGAAAUGCAGUGGGACAACAAUGAAAGUUAAGGGGACGAAAAGUUCGAAUAGGGCAGGUGGAAGGGGUGGUGGAUGGGUCCAACAGUCGCUGACUUUCACCUGGUUGCCCAGAGUUUGCUUCCUGUAUGAAUGUAAAGCCAAUCCCUGUUAUAUUUUUUCUAAACCUAACCAUGUGUAUGUGUGUUGGCUAAAUAUAGCCACGUGAAAUUUGAAAGGGAAAAAAAAAAAGUUAAAUCUCGAUGCUGCACUGACAUAGUACAUUUAUUUUGAAAGAGACUGUAGGCAAAUGGAAUAUUUCCUGCGAAAAUGGAAGUGUAUUUUGAAAAGACACAAUGCAUAUAACAGGCUAAAGUUGACAAGGCAUCCCACAACAUCAACAACAGAUACACCCAGAUUACCUUGUAAAUAGUAUGUAGACGUGAAAAGUCCACAACCAAACAGAUAUGUGAUGAGGUCGAGAUGACAACGUGUUGCAGGGUUGGGUUACACAUGAUCUGCAGUUGUGAGGCUGAUUGGAUGUACUGCCAAAUUCUCGCACAUGACAGUGAAGACGGUUUAUGGUGGUAAAAUUAACAUUCAACUCACAGGCAACAGCUGCGGUGGACGUUCCUGCAGUCGGCAUGCCAACAGCACUCUCCCUCAAAACUUGCAACAUCUGUGGCAUUGUGUUAUGUGAUAAAUGUACAUGUUUUAGAGUGUUUAGAGUGUUAUUGUGAGCCUCACAAGGCACACCUGUGUGCUAAAGAUGCUGUUUAAUCAGUAUGUUAAUAUGCCACACCUGUCAGGUGGAUGGACUUUGUUGGCAAAUUGAUCACUGACACAGAAUUUGUGAGCAAAAUUUAAGAAACCUUAGCCUUUUGUGUGCAUGGGAAAAGAAAUAGAAACUCGAAAAAUGGGAUCAAAAACCAAAGUGUUGGGUUUAUAUUUUUGCUCAGCAUACUUGCAUAAUCCAUUUUUGCUUUCCAUGGCUGCAACAUGUCAUAGAAUACAUAUAGAAGCAUUUUCAUUGUUUUAAUCAUUGACUGUAUUAAUGCUUUUUGCCGUUACUUUCUCCACUAAAAAUCUGCACCACUGCCUUUUCUUUUCCUUUUUAAUAUCAUUCAAAAUGUGUAUAUAGAACAGUAUUCAACGUGAAAUGUCAGAUCUUUUGAUUGUAGUUGUGUAAUUUUUAAAAAAGAAGCAUUUUGGGGACAGUUUUAAUGUGGGAGAUGCCAAUACUGAGAAACAGUUGCCAGAGAUUGAGCGAGCAAAGCUUCCUGGAGAUAAUAUGUUUUAACACAGCCUUAUAUUAAACUCAAAAUGUGCCUGGUCCUUAACAAUACCUGCUAUUCAUGCAUGAAACAGAGAAGCGUUUUAUCUGUUAUGUUUGUGCCUUUCCCAGCGUUGUGGACUAUUAGUUAAACUGUUCUAAACAUUAUGUUUAUCUCUGUUUGGUAUCUGUAGUCUACUGCGUUUCCUCGUCUCCAAAACAGAACUGUAUUUUGAAUAUCUUAUUCUC